AUGUUUCGCACAUUAGCUCGCCAUCCUACUGCUCUGCGGAGCUGCCGUAGCAUUCACGCCUCCUCACAGAGACUGUUCGGCACGAGUCUUCUGAGGAAGCUUCCUGGAGAAAAUGAUCGGACGACCCAUUUUGGCUUCGAAACAAUUUCAGAGGCCCAGAAGGAAGCGAGAGUUGGGGCCGUGUUCUCCUCAGUAGCAUCCUCCUACGAUAUAAUGAAUGAUUUAAUGUCACUUGGAAUCCACCGUCUUUGGAAGGACUAUUUCGUCCGCAGCCUCAACCCGGGCAGCCGAACUAGUGAAACAGGUUGGAAUAUACUUGACAUCGCUGGCGGAACCGGCGAUAUUGCCUUCCGUAUGUUGGACCACGCGACCAAUGUGAACCUCGACCUCAAAACAAAAGUGACUAUCGCGGACAUCAAUGCAGACAUGCUUGCCGAAGGUCGGAAAAGAGCUCAAGACACACCAUACGGAAACUCAGGCAGACUAUCGUUUAUGGAAGGAAAUGCAGAGUCCAUGCCUUCCGUUGAGUCUGACUCCAUUGAUCUUUACACUGUGGCCUUUGGAAUCCGCAACUUUACAAACAAAGACGCUGCAAUCCGCGAAGCAUUCCGAAUUCUCAAGCCCGGAGGCGUAUUUGCGUGCCUUGAAUUUAGCCACGUGGACAAUUCUUUGUUCAAUGCUGUUUAUAAGAGAUGGAGCUUUGGAGCAAUACCAUUGAUCGGGCAACUCGUUGCGGGUGAUCGUGACAGCUACCAGUAUCUCGUGGAAAGUAUCGAACGUUUUCCCACCCAAGAAGAGUUCAAAACUAUGAUUGAAGAUGCCGGAUUUGUCACUCCCGGACAGGGCUAUGAAAACCUUACUGGAGGAAUUGCUAGCAUUCAUCGAGGAGUAAAGCCACUAUAA